AUAUUUCACUUCCUGGUUAACUUACCGCAUGGGUUUCCGUGUGUUGUGUUGACAGUUGCACCAAGGAGGAUAACCUCAAGUAAUCCUUAAUUUAGGCACAUAAGUAUGUUAUUUAUGUCUGCUAUGGUUGAUCAUUUUCUAUUACAGCAACCAGGAGCGGACCAAAAUACACAGGCGAAACUGUUUUUUUUGCGAUAAACCGUAUUACAUCUUCUACAGUUCUCUCAUUUGUCAUUUAUAAUUUGCCAGAUGAUGGAAGAUACUAAUAAGGUUGUGGAAUCCACUCAAAGCGAUAAUGAUGACGACCUGCCACCGGGUCAGUCUUCUUCGGUCAUUCUUGAGAACCCUACUUCUGAAAUGAUCAAGGAAAUAUCGACAUAUUUUCAGGCUUCGCAAUGUAUGCUUGGUAACUCUUCAGAAGAAUCCCUGGUCACGGCCGCCGACAGUGAAUCGAUCGAACAUCCAAUCCUUACUCAAGUCCCGGUGUCACGGGCGCGCCGAUAUCGUCGAAGUACACGGUCAGAAGCCACAACAGCCAGUGAAGAAAGUGGAGGUGAAAGUGCAUCGUCCGUUUCUCAGCCAGCCCGCUCCUCUGCCAGGAGGAAGCAUCUCAAGGGGAGGAAUAAGGGGGCAUUCCAAGCAUUUCGCUCCCCCUUCUUCGAAGGGAAUAGUUUCAAUAAAAUCUUGCCUUCAUUGAAGAUGAAACCUUUUUCAAACAUCCAGCAAGAGGCUAAAGUUAAGACCUCCGCUGUCGGAGGCUUCUUCAAAUGCAUCCGGUUGUGGCACAGAGUUAACCUAAAACGAUAUGUCCGAGCGACUUGUUUACCGGCUCUUUACAUGGAUGCGGAUGAAUCAUUGUCGCCCUUGUCUGAGUGUGUAUUUCUAAAUAAUUUACUUGUUUAAUAUAAGGUCUGAUGGCAGACUCGCUUCAUAUUUGUUUGACCAAUCUUGAUGCUGGAGGCAGGGCGCUGUACAGAAUGGUUACCAGAUAACACAAACUGCACCAGCCAGCACCAAUCUGUUGGGAAGUCAAGCUAAACCAUCCUGUUAGGACACUGACAUUCUUAGAAUUUUUUUCAGUUUCUGUAAAGGUUUCAAAUCAACACAGUGUAGAAACACACUUCCGAAAGCUUCAUCCACCGGAGCAAAUUAGUUUAUCUUCGGUAGAAUAUCGGAGGAAACAAGGCAGAAGUCAUCCAAAUUCACUUUCUGGUGUUUGGCCCAGCCUCUUCCCCCUCCCCCCUAGAUAUUCUGCUAUUGCAUAGUAGCACUGCUAAUUCCUAGAUCAGGUUAAGAAAUGUACUUGUCCUUUUCAUGAUUUUUUUCUUUUACAGGGGGAACGAAACAUCGGAUGAGGAAGGCAUCAAAGUUGUGUCGAAUGAUUUCUUCGUUAAAUCGAGGAAAGGCCAGUGCCCUCGGGGGCGUGCUCCAGCUAAAGGAGUAAGGGGACGUUGUACUGGGCCUGUUGAGGAACGUGGAUCUCAAGCCAAGACUGGAAGAACAGGUGACGGAGCUAAAAGAGCAAGAGGACCUGGCACUCAGCCUGUCGAUGGAACGGCCUCUCGUGCCACGCUAAGAAGGACGAGUCCCCGAACUAAAGGAGUAAGAGGACUUGGAGCUGGAACCGGAUCUCAUGACAAGAACGGACCCAGUUCCUCACCACACCCUGCUCCACCAGGAGAGGAGUGGAGCACGGCGUCAUCCCAACCCGAAGAUCAUCUAGGCUUUGAGUCUGCAGCAGGCUAUGGCGCCAUGGUAGAGGAGUCCAGCGGGCAGGUCUUGGAGAAGGACCCCACCUCAGACGUUACACCUGUACAACAGGUAACCCCUCCCCCUGAAAUGCCGUGCACAGGCGACAACAUCAGUGCUGGCAACAGACAACCCGAUGUGGUGAGGGAUAGCGUUUGUAGGAGUCCUGAUCUGAGUAAAACAAAGACGUGUGAGACUAACGAGAGCAAGAAAAUAAUUAGUGAGAGAGUUGAGGUAGCGGUUGAGUGCGCCCCUGGCGUGCCUGACCAACAUGAAAACAACACUGAUGAGCAGCAUAGGAAAAGGAAAGGCAGGAAAAAAGAAAAGGGAGGUAAAUUCACAGAGGGAGAGGGAAACAACAUUUCAUUAGAUGGGCCAGGCCAGGCUUCACAGCCAACGUCAGGCUCCGACAUGAUCAUCAACAACGACCAAAACUUAAAUCCCUUAGGGGACCAGUUAGAAGAUCUAUGGAGAAGGAAAAAAAUAAGCAAGAAGAAGAAACCAAGUACAGAUGGUGUUAUUACAGAGGGAGAGGUCAACGUUGUGGACACAGCUUCUACUGACGAGACCAGUACACUGACUGAACCAACCGCAGUAGGGUUUAAAAAACAAAGAAGGAAAAAGGACAAGAUGGUCCCCUGUUCAGAAGACCCUGAACCCAUCCCAGCGUCAGGGUACACGGAGGGUGGGAACCCUUUCAAACACCCUGCAGACAGGGGAGUCGCUUUGGAGGAUGACACUUCAGAGGCUUCCGAUUUUUCACAGAGAACGUUGGGGUCCGCCAUGAGCAUCAACAACGAUGACGUUGUUUUGGAGCACACAAGAAGAAAGAAGAAGAAAAAGGAAAAGAAACAUAAAGUAACAGAGGACGAGGAAAUCCACAUGUCUUCAGAGGGGCCAUGUCCUGCCUUAGAGACUUCUGAUAUUUCACAGUCAGGGUCAGCCAUGACCACCAACAACGAUGAUGACGAUCAGCACAGGAAAAGAAAAAAGAGGAAAAAGGAAAAGAAAUGUAGAGUCCCAGAGGACGAGGAAAUCAACAUGUCUUUAGAUGGACCCUGUCCUGCCUUAGAGACUUCUGAUAUUUCACAGCUAACGUCAGAGUCAGCCAUGACCAUCAACAACAACGAUGACGAUGAGGAGCACAGGAAAAGAAAAAAGAGGAAAAAGGAAAAGAAACCUAGAUUCCCAGAGGAGGAGGAAAUUAAUGUAUCAUUAGACGGGCCUUGCCCUGCUGUAGAGCCUUCCGAUGUUUCACAGGGUACCUCAGACUCAGGCACGACCAUCAACAACAACAACUGGGACGAUGAGCACAGGAAAACAAAAAAGAGGAAAAAGGAAAAUAAACGUAAAGUCGCAUCAGGGGAGGAAAUAAACAUUCCAUUAGAUGCGCCUUGCCCUGCUCUAGACACUUUUGAUGUUUCCAAGAGAACAUCAGAGUCCACCAUGACCAUCAACAGCAACCAUAGCUUAGACUGUGCAGGUGACCAGUUAGAAGAUAUGUUGAAACCAAGGAAAAAGAGCAAGAAGAAGAAAUUGAGGACCAAUGGUGUCGUUACAGAGGGAGAGUUGAAAGUUGCAGACACAGCUUCUACUCACGAGACCAGUACUCUGGCUGAAACUACAGCAGGGUUUAAAAAAGGGAAAAGUAAAAAGGACAAGAUUGCCCCCUGCCGUGAAGACCCUGAACGCAACCCAGAGGCAGAUAACAUGGAGGGUGAGCACUGCUCUUUCAAACACCCUGCAGACGGAGAGGUUGAAUGUCAGAGGAAGAAACGCAGGAAGCAGAAAAUGUCUGAAACAACUCGACACGCAAUCUGUGAGGACACACUAGUCAGGGGCAGCGGCUUGACUUCUGCGCGUGAAAAAACAAGGAAGCGGCACCAUUCGUUCCUUAGUGAUGACGCGAUGGAAAAUCCCCCCAAAACAAACAAAAUCAGCACUUGUGACGUUGACACAGAACCUGUUGAAAAUGGCGAAACACUGAUGGAGUCUCUAAUAGCCAAGACAAAAAAGAAAAAAAAGUGUGAGGGUAGCGUGCUGAAUGUUAGGAGCUCAGCAGAAACUGGCAAUGACACAGUGAGGAAGAAGAAGAAGAAGAUGAAAGAUAAGGCGGACAGGGAGUCAGAAUCACCUGUCAUGGUGCAUAGGGAGACUCCAGACGACAUUGAGACCACUGUACUGAUAAAGAAGAAGAAAUGUAAAAAGAACACUCGCCCCCCUUCUCAAGGGAGCACCCCGGCUGAAGCACGAGAUGAAUCGGGGGUCACCACGCCGACCGACUCCGUCGCCGUCUCACCCCGACGAUGUUCAUCCGUAGUGGACACAGACGCCACACAAGCCGGCAACGCUGCAAUUCCUACUGAUGGCGCUACCGUGAAGAAGAAAACGGGCAGGAAGAGGCAGAAGAAUACAAGCGGAGUCGGGACAUGUGACUCAGACGUGCCAGAACAGAACAUAAGAACCACCACUGAACCGAUACCACACUGGACCCCGGAAACAGAAUCUCGUUUGAAAAAGAAGAAAAACAAAAAGAAGGAUGGGAGAGUAAUGGACCGGAUGGAGGCAGCCACUGACCCCGGGACGAUAGAGGCCCAGCACUCGGGUCACGAGGCAGAGGUUACGUCACAAGACGCCGUGCCGCCAGAGAGCCGGACACAGAAUCAUCAUGAAUCAAGUUCUCCCAGGCGUUAUAAGAAAAAGGCCCUCAAGAGGAAGCCUCUCUUUAAUCAAGGGCAGGACUUUCUCGACACAGAACCAAUAUUGACAUGAGAGGUUUAUGUUGGUUUCUGUUCCCAGAAUAUGGACCCAUCUUUGUGGAGUGAUGUGCUCUGGUUUUGUGAAUUCAAGACUCUACUCGAUUCUUAUGUUUGCGUCACAUUCAGAGCUCCUCACUAAAGGUCUUUAUUUUAUAAAUGUUUAUUUUAGGGUAACCUUUCAUUGAAUUCCUUCAGCUUUAUUUAAUGAAUAAAUGCUCUAUAUUUGAGCGCAUGUCAAGUAGGUAGGUGAAUGAAACGACCAUGCGUAUGCGUACCAUGAGUAAUCUCACAUAAUUUGCUGAAAAUGUAUUCCAUGUACUGUGUACUGCCUAUUUAUUACUGUACUGUAUUUAUUUAUGCUGUGCAGUGUUUUAUACGGUGCAACGUCUAUUUUUAAUGUGUUGCCAGGUUGCUGACGACAAAUUUCCAUUUUAUGAAAAAUUGAAUGGAGAAUAAAGAUUUCUUGUCUUA